GAAGUCUCGUUCGGCGGUCAGUGUCUGUGUGUGUCCAGUGUGUAACAGUGUGUGUGUGUGAAGCAAGAUGGAGGGAUCCGAGUGUCCGCCUGUGACCGUGGAGGGGGACUGGACUCCGGCUCAGACCAAAGCCCUGAAGAACAAACUGCACAUUUACUUCCAGAGCAAGAAGAAGUCGAGCGGAGGAGACUGCCGGGUGGAGGCGGAGGAAGGAGCCCCGAGGGCGGCCGUUUACUUCAUCUCACCGGAGGUGAGAGAGCGAGUCCUCGCGAGGAAGAAUCAUGAGAUCAUCCUGGACAGUAAAACCAUCCAGUUGCGGCUGAGCUCAGAAGCAAGCCCAACAAGCAGCGGCCGUGUCUCAAUGAAUCCAAAUAUGUUCCUGGUUAAAUGA